CAUAAGCAUACAGAUACACCUCGAAUCACUCGAAAGAUCACUAAAUGCGCUAAAAAAUACUGUUUUGUCAUUUAUUGCCUGAAUUCUUUACACAUGAAAUAGUUAGCCUUUCCCUAUAUUAUUCGUGAACAUCAUGUCCGAGCGGCUAAAGAGCACACAGCAGGUAUCCAACGAGGAAGUAAUCGAAGAUUUGACGAGAGACCUUAAAUCUUCUUUAAGUACAGAAAGCAGUCCGGAAGAGUUCGUGAUUGACCCUGCAACUAGUGCAGAGGACAUACCGCCUCCCGCAGAUGGCCCAGGACAGACGUCAGAUCCUUUAAACUAUGUACACCUAGAGAAAGACCCAGACCAGAAGGAUGAGCCAGACAGUGACUCCGACUCUAUAGACGAGGAGUCCCUCAAGGACGCUGAGGUGGCCCUCACGGAUGAUGAGAAGGCGGAGAGGCAGCUCAUUGCCGAGGAGUUGAAGACCGUUGGCAACGAGGCGUUUAAAGAUGGGCAGUUUGAGAGGAGCAUUGAGAAGUACACAGAAGGUUUAAAAAUCUGCCCGCUGCAGUUUACCCAGCAGCGCUCAGUGCUGUACUGCAACCGUAGCGCCGCCAAGAUGAAGCUCCUCAAGUACGAACAGGCUAUCAAGGACUGCAGCAAGGCUAUAGAGCUAGACGAGAAGUAUCUUAAGGCUUACAUCAGGCGAGCGCAAUCCUACGAAGCCACAGAAAAGCUGGACGAAUGUCUCGCAGACUACAAAAAGAUACUAGAACUAGACCCCUCCCACAAAGAGGCUCAAAAAGCUACCAUCCGGCUCCCGCCUCUCAUAGAAGAAAAAAACGAAAAGCUAAAAGCGGAAAUGCUCGGCAAACUGAAGGAUUUGGGAAAUAUGAUUUUGAAACCGUUCGGACUUUCCACAGACAACUUCAAAUUGGAACAAGAUGGCGAAUCAAAGGGAUAUAAGAUUAAUUUUAAACAAUAAAUUUUUAUAAAACUGU